CGGAAAGGAGCGGAGCGGACACAGGCUGCAGCGGAUGCCGGGAACCUGCAGCCAGAGUGCGGGCGGGAUGAGAGGCAGGAGUCGGGGGUCCUCCGGUUGACUGACCAGGGAGGUUUAUCUUUGCACGAGUCGUGGUUUGAGAGAAUAGACUGGAGUCCGGUGCGCGCCCACACACACACACACACACACACACACACACACACACACACACACACACACACACACAUCCACAUCCACUGACACGUCUUAAGAACAGCGGGAGAUGCAUUACGUCAUAGCCUCCCGUCGCCCUAGAUGACCGCGCGCGCAGGACGGGAUGAUGCAGGGCUGCUGGACUAGAACGGGAACGGAUUCCGCUGCUGCUCGUGAGCGCCCGGUGGCGGUGUCUCGACCGGACGAGGAAGAAGGGGAGCCGCCGUCUCGCGGCCGCUGGCUCUGAUGGCUCCUCGCGCCCCGGGCGGGAAAGAGACACAGCAGUCGCCGCGGCGCGAGAGGGAAGGGGACAGCAGGUAUCUGGGAAGUGACGUGGUAUCCGCGCCCCGCGAGAAAGCACAACGGUGCGGUUGUCGUGCAUAUCACAGGAGGGCAGGAGCGGGAAGGGGAACAUGGCCGCGCAGUCGGACGGCGGCAAAGCCGGGGUCGGGUGCGGCGGCGGCGGUUUCGCCCAGCUGUACGAUGUUGACGCUGAGGAGCCGCUGGACUCUGCCGCGAUCCACAUCUGUCAGUGCUGCCGCUCCUCCGCGUGCUACUGGGGCUGCCGCUCCGCCUGCCUCGGCUCUGUGCUUGGUGGGGGCCAGCCUGCCGGAGGGGUCGGCAUCCGGGAGACUCACUGCCCGCCCCGGGAGCAGCUGUGGCUGGACUGCCUCUGGAUCAUCCUCGCCCUCCUCGUCUUCUUCUGGGACGUUGGCACGGACCUGUGCCUGGCGAUGGACUACUACAAGAGGCAGGACUACCUCUGGUUCGGCCUCACUCUCUUCUUCGUGCUGGUGCCGUCCGUGCUGGUCCAGAUUCUGAGUUUCCGUUGGUUCGUGCAGGACUACACCGGCGGGGGGCUCGGGGAGGUGGAGGGGCUGACCAAGCGGGGCGCGGUGGCUCUGGGGUGCCUGUACCCCGGCAGGGACCGCCUGCAGCUGGCCACCAUCUGGCUGUGGCAGGCCACCAUACACAUCCUCCAGCUGGGACAAGUGUGGAGGUACAUCAGGACGCUGUAUCUGGGCGUUAUGUCGCGGCGACAGAAGGAACACCAACGGCGCUGGUACUGGGCCAUGAUGUUCGAGUACGCAGAUGUCAACAUGCUGCGGCUGCUGGAGACUUUCCUGGAGUCUGCGCCUCAGCUGGUCCUGCAGCUCUGCAUCAUGAUCCAGGAGAACCGAGCCGAGACGCUGCAGUGCAUCUCCUCCCUUGGCUCCCUCCUGUCUCUCGCCUGGGUUCUGGCCUCCUACCACAAACUCCUGCGAGAUUCUCGUGACGACCAGCGCAACAUGAGCUACCGCGGGGCGCUUCUGCACCUCUUCUGGCGCCUCUUCACUAUCUCAUCCCGUGUCCUCUCACUCGCCCUCUUCGCCUCCCUCUUUCACAUCUACUUUGGCAUCUUUGUGGUGGUCCACUGGUGCGCCAUGGCCUUCUGGGUGGUGCAUGGAGGCACUGACUUCUGUAUGUCCAAGUGGGAGGAGGUGCUUUUCAACAUGGUGGUCGGCAUUGUCUACAUCUUCUGCUGGUUUAAUGUGAAAGAGGGCCGGACGCGGCACAGAAUGGUGGCGUACUACACCGUGGUGUUGGCCGAGAACAGCAUCCUCACUGGGCUGUGGUACGCCUACAGAGACCCAGUGUUGACGGACGCCUACGCUAUCCCAGCACUGUGCAGCGUCUACCUGACAUUCGCUGGCGGCGUCCUGGUCAUGCUGCUGUACUACGGCUUCCUGCACCCUGCCACCGCCCACCUCCAGCCAAGCCCCGCCUCGUCCUGCUGCGCCCAGCUGCUUUGGGGUCUGCCCCUCCCCCCGUCAGCCCCGCCCAGUGCCCCACCCACCCCGGCCCACAUGGCCAAGUCACAGACGGAAGAGGAUGUGGCUGAGUCGUGUCUUCCCGUCUUCCAGGUGAGGUCGGCGCCCAUCACCACCAAGCCCGAGGGCCCGCUAAUAAAGAUCGACAUGCCCAGGAAGCGUUACCCAGCAUGGGACGCCCACUACGUAGACAGGCGCCUGCGGAGGACUAUAAACAUCCUGCAGUACAUAACGCCAGCUGCUGUGGGCAUCCGCUACCGUGAUGGACCCCUACUGUAUGAACUGUUGCAGUAUGAGUCCUCACUCUGACACACAGACACACACGUCAACACACACACACAUUAGUACACGUGAGCGCCAGAAAAAGACAUGUAUGUAUACAAGGAUGUUCAGAGUUAGAGAAGAUUUAGAAACACAUUCUCACAUGCACAACAUCGCACUUGAUGAUAGCACACAGACACAAAAGCAUCUUGUCACACACACACACACACACACACACACACACACACACACACACACACACACACUCACAAACACAUACACGUUCCUUGCGGGAACCUUUGACCCGUAAGUCCCAUGGCCAUGACUCAACAAGCUGCUUCAGCGCGAGUCCAUCUCUUUCUCUCUUUAUCCUUCUGUCUCUCUAUUUCCAACUCCUCUGUUCACUCUUCAUCUGUUCUCAUGAUUUAAUAUCACACGUUCGCUCUCCGCUGUGAAGAAAAAACAAACAAACAAAAAUAAUCUGAAAAAUGAGCGCAGCUUCACACCGGAGUCUUUGACCACCGCAUGCCGUUUCGUUGCGUCGCUCACACUUUCACGGGUUUCGGUAGAAUAAGAAGACGUGACACAAAGAAAGAACAAACGUCACUUUAAAUAAAAGGAGUUGUGAACAUGUUGUCGUUAGUCUAGUCAAAAGGUAGUGUAUAUAUUUUCUAUGUACAGCGGGGAUGUUUUUUUAUAUGCUGUCACAUUGUUGUCGACUGGGGACAAAGCAGUUGGACACAGAGGAUUUUGAGGGUUGGUUGAUGGAGUAGAGUCGCAGAGCAUGAUGGGAAAGAUGGAGAAAGAGAGAGUAUUGGCAUCUAAGGCGCAAAAUUUCACUCAAAGUUUGUGCUACAGGAAUAGUUUAACAUUUUGGGAAAUACGACUAUUGCCAGAGUUUGACAAGAAGAUUUUUCUCUCUCAUGUUUGUACACUAAAACAAGGAGUUGAUUAGCUUAGCUUAGCUUAGCUUAGCUUAGCAUGAAAACUGAAAGUUGUAGGAAACAGCUAGCUUAGCUCUGUUUAAAGUUAGAGAAAGGAGGGAUGAAGGGCUUUUAAUCACUCUAACGUAUUUCCCAAAAUGUCAAACUAUUCCUUUAAGAAUGCAAAGACUUAAGCAUACAUUAGCCUAGGCUACAGUUGCUAACAUUAGCUCUAAAAAUGAGACUAUGACAAGUUGUAGUGGCUCAAAUUAAGACCAAGUAACUCUAAAAUAUUUAGGGAUGUCCUGAUCAAGAUUUUUUUUUAACCCUGAUCCUGAUCUGAGUCAUUUAAUAUUGAAAAUCUGCCGAUACCAUGUCCCGAUCUGAUACUUUUAUUUUUCCAGAUAAUACAGCAGCACAGUGCGCACUUACGUGAAAUAAAGGAUCGGAUCGGGCUUUAUAAGCUCAAUAUAGCUGAUCUCGAUCAGUUAAAAAAUGCCUUUAUCGGCCCCGAUACUGAUCUUUGAGAUUGGAUCAGGACAUCCCUAAAAAUAAUGCUUUGUUAUUGCUCCUGAAUGGAUGCCACCUUCAAACUAUAUGGAACUAAAAAAUGACCGUCCCAAAAUGACUGUUAAUUGGAAGAAUUAGAGUCUGAAAAAUGUUUCAAAGCAAAACCAGCUACAUCAGCUAUACUGGCCUAGAUAGCAGAGAUAUUAGCUAAGAUACAGUUCUACAGGCCAUCUGCUAAAACAAUAAUCUGUUUAAUUGCCAAGAAGCCUAACUCAACACCUUGUCUGCUAAGUAUUAGCAUGGAGCCAACACAUUACAUUCUAAGGUAUUAGUACGGAGCUAACACACUGUAUGCUGAGGACGUUAGCAUGAAGCUGACACCUUGAAUGCUAAGGUGUUAGCACGGAGCUAACACCUUGUAUGCUAAGGUGUCAGCAUGGAGCUGACACCUUGUAUGCUAAGGUGUUAGCACGGAGCUAACACACUGUAUGCUGAGGACGUUAGCAUGAAGCUGACACCUUGAAUGCUAAGGUGUUAGCACGGAGCUAACACUUUGUAUGCUAAGGUGUCAGCAUGGAGCUGACACCUUGUAUGCUAAGGUGUUAGCAUGGCGCUAAAGCUAAAGAUCUACUAAGAACAGAUGACAGCUUUUCAUGCUACAGUUGUUAUUGCUAAACGUGUACACUAGUCAAUGUGCCAAUCUAUUUCCAUUGCCAAUAAGGUCACAUUUUAAAGUCAAACAUAGACGAAUCAAAAACACAGUGGCACCAUUAUCUUCCAGAUAAACAAAUAAAGUUGCCAGUAUUACUGAUGUACGGUUAUAUCAUAGAGCAAAUAUGAUUAAUACAGGAAGGCAGUACAUGCUUAUCACACUGUUUGGUAUGUGUGUAUGCCUUCUAGGGGUCAGACAGUUCAUCUCCAUCAUUUCCUGUUAUGCUUCGAGGGGUCAUGGGAGGUUUCUUUCGGCCUAGUGAUUCCAUCCACAGAAAAUGCUCAGUCGUGUCUGUUUGCUAGACAAUGACGAAAUGAGAAAUCGUCUCCAACAGGAAGAGCAAAUGCAAGACUAAUUAUUUUUGAGCUAUGUCUACUACAUAUUUCUGCGUGUGAUGUCUUAAUCAUGUUGGUCCCACGCUAACAGGGUGCUGCCACUGAAACUGACAUAAAACAGUUUUGGACUUUAAUCGUCACAACCCCUCUCAGUGACUUGUCUCCUCCUGUAACGAGUCCAGCAUCAACUCCUCCAAAGCCACCCACGGCUGAGCUGUGAUGUAUGGCUCAUUAUUUAUUUUUUUGUUUGUUUAUCCCUGUAAUCCAAGCUGUUACAUUGGCAGGCGACAACAAAUGAGCCGAGAUAUCAGUCAUCAGCCCGUCGACAGGAACGUUGCUCCUGAAAUCACACGCCGUCGGGGGGGGCCGCCUUAACACCGCAUGGCAGUGAGUGGAAACAAGUGUUUGGAAUGGGGUGAAAGUGUUUUUGCCGGCCAACGCUCCACACUUUUCCUCCCGUCCCGCGUUAUUGGUAGAGCAGGUGAAACCCAGCCAUGAGCCAUUUCAGAUGGUGCGGUUAGAAACUAUGAACACAAACACACACAAGCUUCUUAUUAUAGCUGCCAUCCAAGAGGAUUGCGCAGGUGAAAGGGAAAAACGUUGCAUUUGAGAGUGUAAAGAGUGUUAUAAAGGGGUACUUCAACAUUUCUCUUGUCUAGGUGUGUCAAAUUGUUGGAAUUGAACCAAUGUUAAAAGCAAGCUAGUUUUCAAUCAGUAAAACUGACCACCAAAUGUAAUUAAAUCUCAGUGAUGAAGCAAAAACUUGAGUAGUUCAUUGACAAGAAUAAUCUGACAACGAUUCUAUAUGAGCUUCAGGGGCACUCAGAGAGGGCAAACCUCCACCAAGGCCAAAUAUUCUAAGUCGCAAUGUUAACAAAAGUGAUUUGUAUCUGCUCCAAUAUGUUAUGGGUUCUUCUUUGGCCCAUUCUACACCCUUCAACCCUUCCUGAAAAUCCAGCUAGUAGGUUUUCUGUAAUCCUGCUGACAAACAAACAAACCAAACUGAAAACCUUCGGUCCUUGGUGGAGGUAAUGAAUAUUCUAUUGGACCUAAAUGAAGACAAAGCAGGCAGAAAGGAUCAAGCCAGUAUUCAUUCAUUCAGUAUUCACUCCUGUGACAUUGUCUGACUCAACGUGGACAGUUUAAAAAUAUUAAAACCUGGCACCUGCAUUACCCACAAUGCAACUUGACCACUGACAGUUCAGUUGGAGAAUUGAGUGUGUUUUAAUUGUACAGCUACUAGGAGCAGGGUACAAAGAGGGAAUCCAGACCUGCAGAUCUUUGUAGUAUUCAAACUUGUAGUCUCAGGUCCCAACUGACGCUGACUCAAGUGACAUCAAUUUAGGUAAUUAGUCAUACUCCCCAAGAGCUGCUAACAAACUUUAAUAUGUAAAAUCCGUGGAGUUCCCAUUUGAAUCAAAGCAAAGUCCAGUGUCCUAUUCUUUUGAAGGUCCAGUGUGUAGGAUUUAAGGGCAAUUAUUGGCAGAAAUUGUGUAUAACUCUUAAACCAAUGUUUUCAUUAGUGUAUAAUUACCUGAAAACAAGAAUCGUUGUGUUUUUGUAACCUUAGAAGUGGCGGAGUCCGCCAUGUUGUUUUUAAAGUAACUCAACAGAUAAAUUAAACACUGGCUCUACAUAGGGCCAUUCACAUUUUCAUGUCGGCCACCAUAGUUUAGCUACACACGUGGCACAUUGGAGAAGUUUCAGUUCUGCAACCUCACCACUAGAUGUCACUAAAUCCCUCACACUGGUCCUUUAAUCGACCCCUGAGAUUUAUCUAGCAAAACUUACCGGGGUGAAGAUGGGAAUUGUAAUUGGAAAAUUUGUUGCUGCCAAGUGAAAAAAGAAGACAACACUAAAAAUGUUGAAGUAUCCCAUUUAAGUUAGACUAACGUGAACAACGAGCGAGCUUACAUUACUUUUCCGUGGUGCUAGCCGAUUUAAAAAAAAAAAAAAAAAAGACAAAUCAGUUAAUUUGCUGCAAACUAGAUUCAGUAGGUGCGAACUCGCAACAGAAGCAGCAGCAUCGGUGUUCAUAUGGUGCAACACACUCAAGCUACAGAGUCAAUUGGCUGCUAAUCCCACUUCAUAUGGUGCAAAUAUGAAACACACAUGUACUUAAUGGUGCAAUAAGGGCAGAUUGUCUCUUUGAAUUCUAUGGUGCAACUUGAGUACUGCCUUCAGUUAUCGGCCAAGGCUGUGCCAAAGGCUCCGUCCAAACGGACAACUGCUCUUCCUGUCCUGCAGAAGCUAUGCAAGUCUCCGAUGCGAGGAGAUGUGCUUAGUGUACACGCUCACAACACAUACACCACACAAACACAAACACACACACACACACACACACACACACACACACACACACACACACACACACACACACACAGGGUUUUCCUCCACAGCAGGGAGAUAUGCUUAGUACACAAAAAAUAGUGUAACAACAUGGGCUGUGUCCCUACCUCACCGCACAUACACAAACACACACUCUCACACUAAUGUCCAAUAAUCCCUUACCCCUUUAUAAUUUGGGAACAAUAUUCAUAUGGUGCUAUUGAGUAAAGCUGGAUGGUUUUUGUAUUGUUGUGGUUACAGUGGUUUGAAGAAUUUAGCCAAAUAUGUUUAGAAAACCUGAGUGUUUCACUUUCAGAUUGAUUGAAUCGUGUCAUUCAAUCAAUCUAGGUUCCCUCAUGUAGAGAGUGUACGUAAAAACAGCAACACCUUCUGUCUCCAAGUGACACAUAAAAGCAACAAUGCCUUAUCUGCUCGACAGAAGUGGAGGUGGAACAUUUUUUUUAAGGGUGGAGAUUUGAGAUGAACUUGAGGAAGGUGGUGCUAAGUUUUGGUACACUCUAACGUGGACAUGCACUGUACAUUAAGCAUGGGUUCAGUGUGUCAGAGCACAGAAAUCAAAGGAGAACAGCACACUGUUAUAGCACAUUGUCUGAAAAAAAAAAUACCUAGAGAACACAGUCAGACAUUUUCUGUUCAGAUUGUGCUCGUGAAUUUCUUGCAUGAAUGUUUUAGACUCGAGGGAAAAUAAGCGGACGACGCAGAGGCUUAAAGGUUUGAAGAGUCACAGCUUCGUAUGUGCUUCUGGGUUGUUAAAGGGAGAUUUAUGUUCCAGAACAGCUGUCCUGCUAGCUUCUCCCUAACACUGACCUCUGACCUUUUCACCCCAAACCAUGGCCCCUUUGCACCCAGAGCUCCAGCCAAUCAGAGUUCAGGUUAAACACAGAUCAGGUCUGACACAACCAAAAAAUACAGUUGAUGCGGAAGUAUUCAUGUGUGGCGUUCAGACUCGACUGUAGCCUCAUCAUCAAACUGCAGGUAUCAUAUCUUCUUCAUUUUGUGUUUAAUCCAGACUACCUGUCAUAUCUAGUCACAAAAUCAUAGAUCCACAUUCUACAGUUGAGUCUGCACGCUAUUCAUGAAACGUCCUUCACCCAAAAACCCAGAGCCUUAGCCAGGCCCACUCUGUAGGAAAAUCCAGUCAGUGUUAUUGUAUGGCUCCACAUCCACAGCUAUGCAAGGUCACAGACAGAAAGGUUCUGGGCUUGGAUAACCUUUACAAAAAAUACCACAUCACUGUUCUCGUGUAUUCUUAUUUGUUUGUUUCUUUUGCUGUUUUUCUUUGUUUGCAAAUACGAGGAGAAGAAAGCAUGAAGUGUUACCGUGCAACAGUGCAAACUUCCCUUUUUGCAUUUGUUUAUGAUCAUUUGCUAAUCUUGCAUAUCAUUUCUAUGGACUUAGAUUACAUUUUUCUCUUUCAAGUUUGUCUGUUGAGGGGUUCAAAUUGGUCGGGAGGGAUGUAACUUUAGGGGGUAACCAGGAUGAUGCAACCUCCCGACAGAGGAAUGUGUAUCUGAUUGUGAAAAGUAAAAACAGAAAGUUAUAUUUUUGUUCUCUGGAUAAAAUGUUCCACUAUCAGGGUCUGCAAAGCAUAUGAGGCCUGUGGUUAGGCUGUGUGAGUGCGAGUGUGUGUGCGAGUGUGUGAGAGAGUGCCGUAUGUGUCAGUAAUGCUUCAUAUGCUCUUUUUAGCCAAAGUUUUACUUGCUUGGUCCAGAGCUGUGAAAUUAUUAUUACUCAUCAUGGUUUUGUAGAACUGGAGGCCAGAUGCUAAGCUGUUUCUGAUCUCAGACCAGUUUCUACCAGAUCUGAGUCCGAUGACGACUGAAAUCCUUUCCUUUCAGAAGUGAAGUGGUUUGGCACAAAUACUCAAAUUCAAUCAUGGUGAAAGAGUGGGAGGGAUUUCAGGGGUGUGACUCAGGUGUGGCUACUAUAAGCACAGGGCAGGGUCAAACUAAACCUUAACGUGGAUGUAUCUAUAAGAUGUACCAUGGGCUUUUAUUUUGUCGGGUCAUGCUUUUUCUACUGUGUUCUUCAGCUUGGGAAAAAAAAGUAGCUCUAGAGAUUUUGAUGUGCAAAAAGUACCUUUUAUUUUCUCGUGGUUGGCAUUUUGAUUGUAAAUACCUUUUUCUGGUAAUCCUCAGUUGGAUCUAUGUUCGAUGAGUUGGUUAGAUGGCUCUUUCAAAAUGUACUGAUAGUAAAUGUUCCUUAUAAAUAUCCAGAAUGUAAAAUGAGAGAAGAAAAAUAUGGCUUGACUGGAAACUGUGUUUUCGUAGGAGUCUGUGCCAUCGUGUCGUCUUGAGUAUAAGCACACUGAUAUUAGAUCUGUAGGCAGGAUGAAGUUUGGGGAGGUGGUUUGCCAGACAGCUGAGCUCUGGUUCUGUAGGACGAAUAGAUGAAUAAUGAUAGGCAAUAUUUGUCUCUGACAUUCCUCAUAAACACAAAAAAAUGUUUUGAUUAUUCUGCAAAAUAAGACCAUCACCGUAAGCAAUGAUUAGUGAAGAAAUCGUUGUGUUUAUUUAAAUGUCCAUCUUAACCUUGCAUGUUGUUGUUAAUGCUAACUGGAGCUAGCAGCUGGUUAGUUUAGCACAAAGAGUAGAAGCAGGGGGAACAGAUAGCCUGGCAAAGUUUAAAAAGCUAGCUGUUUCCACCUACUUCCAGUCAUUAUGCUAAGCUAAGCUAAGCUAAACGUCUCCAAGCUCUAGCUUUAUAUUUAGUGUAUUCUUUUAAAGAGUAAAUUCACCCCAAAAUCAAUUUCUACUCAUGGAUGAGAAGCUCGUAUUUGUGACAGCAAGAAAUGUAAACAUUAAUGGCAUCCUCUUUAGCUGAGCUGUUUCGUUAGCUAGCUCAGUCAUGCUAAGUGAGCUAGCAGUAGAUGCACUCUUCCUUCUGCACAGUGAUAGUUAGUGGGUGUAGCUCAGGAGAAAGAAACAAGUCCCUACAAGAAACUGCUCACAACGACAUCUGCGGAUUAUCUUGAGUAGAUUUGAUUUUAGGGUGAACUGUCCCAUUAAUCCUACAAGCACCACAAACUGUAGUUGGGUGGACGCCAAAACCUUAGCGACAUAUAUAUUUAAACCUGGACAAAUAAAACCAAAGCGGUCUACUUGGCUUCACACCACUAAGCAAGUUGGACAAAAGGAUUUCUUGCCAUUUGGGGGAACUAACCCUUUAAGCAAAAAUAAGAUUAAAAAGCAAUGUAGGAGCCUUUUUUGUUAAAAUGGACAUUUUUGAUGAGAUGGUCAUAUUUGCAGUGUGUAGCUACAUGCUAAACAGUUCAAUACAUAAGCACAUUUUUCAAACUUGAAGGAGGAAAUGUUCAAAGAGAAGUACUAGUGAGAGCAGGGGCUGUCUGUCUAACACCUCCCAUCUUCACUGUACAAGUGAUGGCUGCCGUCAUCGACCGUGUUCAAACCGCUCCUGCGUCAGCUCAUAAAAACACCAUUCAGGAAUCUUCUGGUCUUUGGGAGCGAUUCCCGAAUUCACACCGAAUGUUUCUGACCAACCACAAAGAGACGGGAGAGAAACGAGGAGACACAUUGUGUAUCUCUUGUUUGUCUGUGUAUUCUGUGUCUGCGAUAGUGUUAAAGCAUUCUGGGGGAAGAGUUGAAUGAUAUUUUCAAUGGCUCCAUGUGGCCAGCAUUAGGAAAUGUGUUAUUUUUGUUACAAUACCUCCUGAAAAUAAAGUCUAUUUAUCUGUGAAGAGACAAAGAUUUACAAUAAUACAGAUGACUACAUAGAAAUUAUGACAGAUUUUAAAUGAUGUAAAAACAGAUAUAAAUGAAAACAUGUACAGUUCAUUUGGUUUUGAACACGAUACAGAAAUGUAUAUGCGUCAGUAUUGAGUU